CAACUGUAUAUAUUAUUCAACUAUGGCAACCGUAGUUACGAUUCCGCCACCUCAAGGGGAUCAAGAAUUUGUUCGUAAAAGUAUCAAGUAUGUCCUGCCUAAUGACGCGGUAGAUUCAUUUAUUCAACUGAUUGAGCCCACUCUACCAGUCUCGCCAUUCACAUUACCAUCAGGCGAAGUAGUCACAUCGCAAGUAAAUAAUAGUUCGUAUUUCGACGACGAGUAUUUAAACCAAUAUAAGGAGCGUGUUGUCAAAAAUGAAAAUGCUGAAUUGUACCGUGUCAGAUGGUACGGUGAUUCCUUUGAGCCGGUAGAAAAUCUAUUCAUCGAGCGAAAGAGGCAUCACAACUACAAACGAACGGGCAAGUAUAGCAACAAGAAAAGACUUGACCUGCCCAAAGAGGAAAUGUCACGUUUUUUGCUGGGCACACCCGUGGAAUUGCUCAACCCAUCAAAAGCCAAACUUGCUGAGGAGAUACAAACCGUCAUGAUGCAUAACAAGCCUAAGAUCCGCACACAGUAUCUGCGUACCUCUUUCAUGAGUCAAGAUAUCAAAGAUCUCAGAGUAACGCUAGACAGGGACAUCAAAAUGUUUGCCGAGCCGCAAAGCUGGACUGAAAUAGCAAGACUUAAUGGUAGAGCACGGGGAGAAUGUGACAUGAUGCCUUUCGCGAUUGUUGAGGUGAAGGUAGCUCUGGUUCAAGGUGGCAGACCACAGUGUCCGGAAUGGCUUGAAGUUGCAUUAUUGUCAUCUGGUGCUCGAAAUAUCAAACUCAGCAAAUAUGGAUAUGGUUGUAUGAAGUUCUUCCGGAACAUGCACAUCCUACACCUAAAUGGGCCCCUGAGAUCGAAGCUUGGAACCAGUUGUUGACCGGAAACUCACCGAACACUGAUUCCGCGGCAGUGUUUUUGUCAGUUCCCACAUUACAAGCACCGCCCAGUUAUCAGUCAAAUGAUUACGACCGAAGUUUCGUUGAUGAAAAGUUCAAUUCACCGUCUUCAAUUGAUAAGAGCAAGCGCACGUUCUCUCCUUUCAAGUCGAAGCUGUACAAUACGGGAACCAUUUUCCACAAGGCUCGUCGCCAAGGCCUGAAUCGCAAAAAGUACGGCAAGACCGAUGGGAAAGCAUUCAUGGCCAAUGAGCGAACCUUUCU